AUCUUUUCAGACUGGAAACCCCUUUGAAAGGUGUGGGCUCGUCACCUGCUGCUACACAACGGACGGGACGAAAUCGGAGAAUCCCCAAAAUCCUAAAUCCUAGCUUUGGAUUUCUCCAGAGAUUCGCUUCUGCCAUGGAUUCCGAUGCGAAGAAGAGUGGAGGCACUUUGGGCUCAUCUCCUUCUCCGAAGCCGUCAAAGUUCUCAGUGUACCGGAACCCUACUCUCGCUGCCGCUUGGACCGCCAACAGUCUCCGCCCUUCGAGAUCUUUCCUCUUCUUUGUGUUCUCUCUCUCUACGGCUUCCGCUUUCUUCCUCUUCUACUUUAUCUCCGGGGAGAAGAGGUUGAUCAAUGCUUUAACAAUUGGAAAUUUAUCCCACGAGACAGCUUAUGCCUUAGCUAAGGCGUUGCAGGCGUUGGCGACUUUAGUAUUUGUUGGAAUGGUUACUGCUUUAGCCAAAGGUGUGUCUCUACGCAGAGCAACUUUUACUGCUGGAGCAGAAGUUAAAUUGUCAUCCAACGAAGCAAAAGAUCGGUUUACUCUGACAAACCGUCAGCUUGAGCUUCUCGGGGUCAAGCCAAAAGCCAAUCAGCCACCGGUAUCUGAAUCUCCAAGGAAACCUCCCAAAUCAAAAUCUCUUCAGUCAUCGGAGCCGCUUGUCCCAAUACAUCAAACUACUGUUAGUUCAGCACAUAAACCUGUGGCUGGUGGUGACAGAUCGAGUGGUUGGAAUGCGAAUCAACUUAGUCCUUUUAGCACUCCAUCCAAAACAGCAGGUUCACCGUCUUUCUAUCUUGUCCCUUCAAGUGUUUCGCCAGGUUCCUCCACUCGAGUUUCAUCUGGCCAGGACAAGGCUGUUUCCAGUCCUUGGUCUGCUAAGCGGAGCUCUGUGAAGGAUGUAUCGACGGAGGAACAACUCGACCAACUUUUGGCUGAAAUAGAUGAGAAAUUCACUGAAUCAGCUGGAAAGUUGCUGACCCCUCCACCAACCGUUGGGAGUUUUGGCAUGGCUAGUCCUACUACGGUUGGUGGCUCAGCUACUGCAUCUGGCACUAGUAGGACUACACCACUAAGACCAGUCAGGAUGUCUCCUGGUUCUCAGAAAUUUACAACUCCUCCAAAGAAAGGAGAGGCUGAUUUUCCUUCCCCAAUGUCCUUAGAAGAGGCUAUUGAAGGUUUUCAGCGAUUGGGUGUUUAUCCUCGGAUAGAAUACUGGCGUGACCGACUUAGGCAGUGGUUUUCCUCGGUUUUGCUCAAACCUUUGCUUAGCAAGGUCGAAAUCAGUCAUAUUCAGGUAAUGCAAACAGCAGCAAAGCUAGGUGCUACAGUCACAGUGAGUCAAGUUGGAAGUGAUUUGCCGGCUAAUGGAACAGCUGCCUCUGCUUUACCAAUUGAUCGGACUAAGGGGUGGCAAUCAGCUUACUCUCUCGAUGAAGAUGCAGUUCUUCAUCAAUUGCGUGCAUCCCUUGUACAAGCUAUUGAUUCUUCCAUGCAAAAGUUGCGUUCCGAGAACCAGCAGCAACAGCAACAGCAACAACAAGCUGCUAUGAUACCUGUCAUGCAGGGGUGUGUUGAUGCUAUAACCGAGCAUCAGAGGCUUCAGGCCGUGAUGAAAGGAGAGUGGGCCAAGGGUCUACUUCCACGCAGCAGCAUUCCGGCAGAUUAUACUGUGCAAAGAAUAAGAGAACUUGCCGAAGGAACUUGCGUGAAGAACUAUGAGUAUAACGGAAGAGCUGAAUCUCGCGAGAAGAACAAAAAAUGGAGCCUGGAGCUUCCAACUGAUUCCCAUCUGCUAUUGUACUUGUUCUGCGCAUUCUUGGAACACCCGAAGUGGAUGUUACAUCUGGAUCCCAGCUCCUAUACUGGAACACAGGCUAGCAAGAACCCGCUAUUCUUGGGGGUGCUCCCACCCAAAGAGAGAUUCCCCGAGAAGUACAUUGCAUUGGUAUCGGGCGUUCCUUCAGUUCUCCACCCGGGUGCCUGUGUGUUAGCUGUUGACAAGCAAAGUCCCCCUUCUUUUGCCUUGUAUUGGGAUAAGAAGCUGCAGUUUUCCCUUCAGGGAAGGACGGCGCUUUGGGACUCUCUGUUGCUGAUGUGUCACAGAAUCAAUGAAGGGUACGGAGGCGUGGUUCGUGGGAUGAACCUUGGCUCUUCUGCUCUCAACAUUCUCCAAGUUCUUGAAUCCGAAACUGAUGAUUAAUUCCAGAAGAAGAAGAGGAAGAAGAAUCUGAGGAUCGAAUUGGUAGUUGUUCGUUUGAGAGAUGCUUCAAGUUUUGGCAGCUGUAGAGAUAGUUUUUAUUUUAACUGGUUUGGGAAACAGUAGAGAAAACCAUGCGACAGGAUUGGAAGGAAAAUGAUAAAAGCAAAACGCAUCUUAUUGUUCUUUAGUA